AUGUUAAACUUACGAUAUUCAUUAAGAAAUUCUACAAGAAAUUCAUUCCUUCGAGUUAAAAGAAAAAGUAACGUCUAUUUAUUCGAAUACCCAUGUGAUUCAAGAACAUAUUGUGAACCAUAUGAGAUUGAAUUGCCAGUUGGUGAAUGCAAGGUUGAAUUAUGGGGUUCCUCAGGCGGCGAUGCCAGAGUCAAGAAUAAACCCCAACUAAUAAAACGAAGUGGUGGAAACGGCUCAUAUGUGAGCGGAAUUAUCCACAUUUCACAAAAAGUGAAAUUAUACCUUUAUUUAGGUGGCCAAGGCGAAGACCAAGCAUCCGUGAAUGAACUUCAAAAUGCUUCCCUCGGAGGCUGGAACUUCGAGGGCAAAGGAGGCAUAGAUACUUUCGAAUAUCAUGAUGUGAAUAAAUUAGUUGAAGAAAGAAACACUCCUCCUGAGAAUGGUGCUGGUGGUGGCGGUGCUGUAGAUCUUAGAUUAUAUUACUAUGAUAUAAAUUCCGCCCCCAUUGAUAAAGAUGAAUUGCGAAAAUCGAUUGAGAGCAGAAUAAUCGUCGCGGGUUCAGGCGGCGGUGCAGAUUCAGGAGAAAAACCAUACGGAUAUCCAGGUGGUAAGCUAUCUGCGAAAAGCUUAACUCCUUACCUAUUCGGAGGGAACCAGACUAAUGGAGAUCUUGGGGUUGGAGCAGAUGGAAUCUCCUCAGAUGAUAAUCAAGGGGCUUCAGGAGGUCACGGAAGCGGAUUUCGUGGCGGAUAUAACACAUUUGAUAAGACCAAAACUACUGGAAGCAUAUUCGAAUGGGGAGGUACGGGAGGAAGCUCUUAUAUCAGCGGACACUUUGGGUGUAUUAGUCCUAAUUAUCCUCCAGGAACAGAACCAAAUCAAAUAAAUAAUAUCCACUCUUCAAAAUUUUAUUUCACAAAUACUGUGAUGAAAAGUGGAGAUGAAGCAAUGCCUGACCCAUUCAGCGAUGAUUUUGGAAUAAUCAUUGGCCAUGUAGGCAAUGGAAUAUGUAGAAUUACCUUUCUUGUCAAUCCAUUUUGCCAAACAUGUUAUACAAAUUUCCCGAUGUCAUGGUUUAUUUAUACUCAUAUAUUCAUGUUAGUUUGUCCAUCUUUUGAUGUGUAA